AACAAAACUUUCCCUUUAGCCUACCUCGUGAAAACCACGAACCCCGAUGGACCUGUAAGAUGUUGCGUACUCCUACCCCCUUUGGUUAUUUUGGCCGAAAAUGACAUGUGAAAAAAAGACUGUUUCUGACGAUACCUUGGGGGAAGAAAAGAUAGCAGAAUAACUGGAGCGAGGACACAACACGUUUGACUAAAUCGAACACGAGAAAGUUGACAUGGUGAGAACAUCCACUAGGCAAAGGGGUAGGCCUAGAAGGCGUCCAGCCCGACAUGGCACAAAGACAGCUGUACAGCAUGCGAUGCCAUAUAAACUGAGAAAAGAUGCCACCACCAAGGAUUUAGGUGUGGGCGACCAAACACCAGACCAUGUUGUUGAUGCAGUGUUGGAUGACAACGGCUGUGCUGCAACAACAACAGCGGUCGGCACUGACCUGGAGAGAGAGCUGGUCACUUGUGUUUUCAGUGCCGCUGAUACCUACUUUGGUCUCUCUCCGGAAGAAGUCAGGAGGCUGGCGUACCAGUUUGCCCUGAAACACGAGCAACCAGUAUCUCCUGAAUGGAGAAAGCACGAGAUGGCCAGUGAAGGCUGGUUUUCUGUUUUCCUGAAGCAAAACCCCUCUCUCCCCAUCAGCAGCUCUGAAGGAUCACUUCCACCAGGAGAAUAUGGCCUUCACAGAAACAACGGCAACAUGUUUUUGAGCAGCCUGGAGAAUCUGAUGAAGAGAUGUUGUUUUAGACCCGAAGCAAUGUGGUAUAUGCAAGAAAUUGGCAUUUCUGUGGAUCAUCUAUCUCACAACAGGGUGGCAACCAGGGGGAAUUACCAACAGGUACCAGUCAACAACUCUGUGGAGCAGAGUGGCCCGGUAACUGUGACGACGUGUGCAGUGUCCGCUGCAGGAACGACAAUUCCACCCUUUUUUGCCUUUCCUGCAUCUGAGUUCAGGGAGGACUUGCUUACGGGGGCACCUGCGGGGAGCUCGGGAUGUGCUUCUUAUUCCAAUGGCUGGAUGAGAGAGGACCAAUUUAUUGACUUUCUGAAGCAUUUCGUUCGUCACUCAAAUUGUUCUCCUGAGAGGCCAUGUGUCCUACUGACUGGCAGUUUUGUAUCCUACCUGUCCAUCGGAGCGCUGGAUUUUGCCAGAGAGAAUGGAGUGAUGUGGCUGACUCUCCCUAACCAAUACUUACCCUUGAGGUUGUCUAUGGAGUGGUCUAUUUGCGAACCAAUUACAACACACAUACGCGCAGCAAUAGAGGGCUGGUUACUUGCCAGUGCAGGGAAACCUGUUUCAGUUCAGUGCAUUCCAGCUAUUGUCGCUAGGGUUCUACCCCUGGCCACCCUCCCACGCAACAUCAAGGCUGGCUUCAAGUCAUGUGGUCUUUUUCCUCUUAAGCCCGACAUUGUUACAGAUUUCUCUGUCAACCACCAUCCAACCCUUUCUGAAGCCCAUCCCCAUAGUAAACCGACAAGCACCUGCAACGGUGGUGGUGGUGACUACACACGCAAUGCGGAAAACCACAUGUACGCUGCAGAAGCGCACGAUAAGAAAGACCACUGCGGAAAUAUAGAAUGUUCUCACACCCUGCCCCCUCCAGGUGCCUCGACCACGACCAACGGCAAAACCACAGGCUGUGUUGACAUUCAGGAAUCGUCUGAGGAAGACGAGGGUUUCUGUCAGGUUUGCAUGGAACCACAGGGCAACUCUGAGGUGGCGUGUCAACAGUGCACUGUUGGCAGGAACUGUACCUCAAGUGACGUACCCACUAGCAUUGCCCCCAUUGCCCAGUCACAGGGUGCACUACAGUCCACUGACAAUGCUGACAUCACCAUGGACGAUGGCCCCCAUAAGCUACAAAAUAAUGCAAACUGUGACUCGUCCACCAUUCAAACUGGACAUAAUCUCACCCACCCAGCAGCACCAGAAAUGUCCCAGCCACAGGAUGUUACACACACUUCCAAUGGCAAUGUAUCUGUAUGCUCUACUAAUGGGACCUUACACCUCACUCAUCACCAUACUAUCUCACCUAACCUCAACAUCGAAAACCACACACAUACAGCCUUGCUACCUACAACCGACACCCAUACUGACUCAGUCGCCACCACUAACACACCCACAACCCAUACCUCUGAAGACCACGGAGAAGUGGAGCUCCUCUCUGCUCUGGUCGAUUUUCCCCAGAGUCCAACUCCUCUAGGCUCGUCAUCACCAAAAAAACCCGCUGGCCGGACGCCGGACCAUUUGGAGUCAGAUUCAGAGUCGUCAGAUGACGGUGAUGGACUGUGCCAAAUGUGCAUGCAGAGAUUUCCUCACGCCAACUCGGAGGUGCUGUGUCUGCAGUGCAUUUUGCGCAGGAAGUGGGGCCAGAGUGAUCACAUGGACGUGUCUCUCAAUUCGUCCUCCGUCACUUCAUCACAGGGUGAUUUUGAAACGGACCACGACAACACAGUGAUCGGUGACCUAAGUACAGAACAUCCCACCGCUGCUGCUGCUAUGCACGAGGAGGACAGCCAUAACCUCCACACACACUCCCUUAGUGACUUGUCGUCACCUACACACAAUGCCAGAGAUGAUGCCCAAUUCUUAGCUCAACCGGCAGGUGAGAUCAAUGACAGCCACCACAACCAAAGCCCUCAGCAAAGCACACUUUCAACAUUCACUGAUGAAACCUCAGACCUCACCAAACAAAUUGCAGUGCCGUGCCAUAAUAAUACAGACCACACUCCUGUAGACUUAGUUUUACCCCUCACUACACAGAAUGACCGCUGCGAAAUUCCUAUGGAACAACACUGUUCUGCAGACGAUACAGAAUGUAAUCCCAGUCCAACUCUAGGUGCACCCACAGAAACUACGUGGAAAAAAACAGGUUGCAGUGGUUCUCCAGGUGCAUUGGACAAAGAUGGAAAUGCUUACAAAGUGUUUAUGCCACUUUUAGAACAGAGUAGCACAGAUGCCCCCAACCCCAGUAUCCACAAUGACAGCCAUGGCCUCCAAAACCUCUCCCACAGUGUCCCAGAGCCACCUACCCACAAUCACUCCCAUUCUAUGUCGCAACCAACAGGUGAGCUUGAAAACAAUCCUAACCAAAGUUCCUCAUCCGUCAUUGAUGACAGCUCAGACCUCCCUUGCCACGACACUACAGUGUCCUGCCAUGAAAUGACAGACCACACUUGUGGAAACCCAGACUCCUGCUUUAAUGUACAGGAUGACGGUUGCGAAACCCCCAUGGAACUACACUGUUCUGCCACAGAGGCUUCCGAGUGUUCCCCCAGUGAAAUUGCAGACCCUUCCACAGAAACUACUUGGCCAACAUCAAUUCACCCCCCUUGUCCAGAUUCAUCCACAAAAACUACUGAAAUAGCAGGUGACAUUGCCGUAUCAUGCCAUAGCAUUACAGAUCACGGAGACGUUGGCAUCCCCCUCGGUGCACAAGGCGGCAGCUGUGAAACCCCUAUGGAAGAACACUGUUCUGCCGCUGAGGCGUCAGAAUGUACUCCCUGUCCAAUUGUAGAUCCAUCUACAGAAACCACUGGCCAAACACACGAUGGUCACCCCCCUAGUCCAGAUUCAUCCACAGAAACGACUCGGGAGCUACCAGGUCAAGUGGUUGCACCCUGUGAGAAGGUCACAGAUCACAUUCAUGUAGAUUUAGAUUCCCCCCUCAGUACACAUGAAGACGGAUGUGAACCUCCUGUGGCACAACGCUGCCCGGCCACAGACGUUUCAGAAUGUACUUUCAGUCCAAUUCCAGGUACAUCCACAGACACAGCUGAAGAAACACAAGGUCACACUGCUGUGUCAUUCCAUGGUAUUACAGAUGACACAAAGGAAUACUUUGACUCACCCCUCAUUUCACAAGAUGGCGGCUGUGAAACCCCUAUGGAACAACACUGUUCUCCAGUUCCGGGUCCAUCCAUGGAAACUACUGGCCAGACACCAGGUCAGCUUGGCUCUUCAGAAUCAUCAGACGAUGAUGACGAUGACGUCUGCCAAGUGUGUAUGGAGCCUUUUGAACAUAGUAACUCAGAGGUGAUGUGUCUGCGGUGUGUUUUGCAGAAGAAAUGGGGGCGGCAGAGUGGAUCAUUUUUCUAGCUGUUUUGCCUUUGUGUAUGUUUCCCUUUGAUUUUUUACUGUUAACACUGGACUGCACCUUUGUACAAACAGCUACGUAAAUGUAAAUAGACAACAGGCUUUGCAGAACCUGCAAAAGUCAACAUGGCCUAUAUACAGUAUGGAACAGAGGGUGAAAGUACAGGAAUACUAUCCAAUGUAAAUACAGUACAUGUUCAUUGAAAACAAAAUGUGUUUUUUAGUUAUGUUAAAUACUCUUUUCAUGUGGUCUUUGUCAUAAGGGGUGUGAAUUAUGGAACAUACUGCAUCUCUGUGUCUCUUUUAAGAUUCAUGGUGUUACGUCAUUCAGAUGUAUUUGUAGCGAGAAUUGUGAUUUUAGAGGCAGAGUCAGAAUUUUUUUUCACUUUCUCACAAAACUGUUUUUCAAAAGUGAUUGUAAAACUUGUUUCAUAAUGUUCUGUAUGAAUAGGAUGCCAUUAAUUUUUUUGUCUUAAUAAAUAGCUGCUAUUGA